AUGCGAUGCUUUAUCAUAGCAAUAAUAACAAGCAGUUUAUGCUUGGCACAAUCUCAGAAUAUAUUUGAUUUUUGGACUGAUAUAUUUCGUCCAAUACCUAAAAAUGCUGACGAAGGAUUCGUACCUGAUUACUUUCCCAAAGAUAAACAAGAAUUCGAUUUUAUAAUUAUCGGGGCAGGCUCUGCUGGCUGUGUUUUAGCAAAUAGAUUAUCAGAAAUAUCGAAAUGGGAUGUUUUACUCUUAGAAUCUGGUGGCAAUGAGAAUUUUUUCUCGGACAUACCAAUCUUUGCACCGUUUCUAUCUAUAACUCCAAUGAAUUGGGAUUAUAGUUCUGAACCCGAGAAAAAAGCUUGUAAAAGUUUAAGAGGAAACGUUUGUUAUAUGCCUCGCGGUAAAGUUCUAGGCGGGAGCAGUGUGUUGAAUUUCCUCAUUUAUCAAAGAGGGCAUCCUGAAGAUUACAAUGACUGGGCUAAAAUGGGAAAUGAGGGCUGGAGUUACGAUGAGAUACUGCCUUAUUUCAAAAAAUCAGAAAAUGUUAAAAUUCCUGAACUUCAAAACUCAAGCUUUCACGGGAUUGGUGGCUAUUUAGAUAUAGAUCAUGCCACUUUUUCAUCACCUCUUGAACAAGCGUUUAGAAACGCAGGACUACAGCUUGGCUAUGAGUGGAAUGAUCCAAAUGGAGAAAAAGUGAUAGGAUUUUCUAAGCCACAAGCAACUAUUCGAAACGGUCGACGAUGUAGUUCAUCGAAAGCUUUUCUAGAACCCGUACGUUUUAGAAGAAAUCUAAAGGUGUCUAAAUUCUCUACUGUGAAAAGAUUACUCAUUGAUCCAGAUACAAAAACAGCGGUAGGAGUGGAAUUUAUGAAGCAUAACAAAAGACGUCGUGUAUACGCCAGGAAAGAGAUAGUUCUUGCAGCAGGUACUAUAGGAUCCGCUCAACUUCUUAUGUUGUCAGGAGUAGGCCCAACAGACCACCUUCGUGAAGUGGGAAUAGACACUUUAUUUGAUUCUCCAGUUGGUUAUAACCUGCAAGACCAUGUCACUUUUUCAGGCAACGCCUUUAUUGUUAAUGAAACUGGUCUAUGCGUAAAUGAUAUGUUAGCGGCCUCACCUGUAUCGGCUGCAGAAUAUUUAGCUGGUCAAGGUCCCUUGACCAUACCUGGCGGUGCUGCUGGUCUAGCAUUCACUCGUACUCAAUAUGCAAAUGACCUUAGUGAAGGACGACCCGAUCUCGAAUUGGUCAUGGGCGCAGGCUCACUCGCAGGCGACUUUCUUGGAAUCAUUCGAUCUUUAUUGGGAGUUACUGACGACUUUUACUGGAAGGUCUAUGGAAAUUUACCACUUCAAGAAAGACAAAGAUCUUUCUCUCUCAAUCCGGUGUUGAUACGGCCACAAAGUUAUGGAAGAUUGUUACUUAGAAGCGCGAAAUUUGACGAUAACCCAAAAAUUCACCCUAAUUAUUUUGACCACCCUGAUGAUAUAAAGGUUUUAAAAGAAGGCAUUCGCCUAGCUCAAAAAGUGAUUAGCACGCGGUCUUUCCAGAAAUAUGGGACGCGUUUAAAUAAUAUUCCAUUUCCUGGUUGUGAACAGUUACGUUUUGAUUCAGAUGAAUACUGGGAGUGUGCAAUCAUGCAAACCUCUAUCACUUUGGACCAUCAAGUAGGCACUUGUAAAAUGGGACCAAAAGGUGACACCACAGCUGUCGUUUCACCACGGUUAUUAGUCAAUGGAAUCAAGAACUUAAGAGUAGCUGAUGCUUCCAUUAUGCCCCGAAUCCCUGCUUCACACACUCAUGCUCCAGUUGUCAUGAUUGCGGAAAAAGCAUCAGAUAUGAUUAAAAACGAUUGGGGAAUACCUGUACAGGCUUUCUUUUGA